AUAGAGGGAUUUGGGAGAGGUUAGUUAGUUGUCAGCGAAGGCGCCACUUCUACAUUGCCAAAAAUGACUAUUUCAUUCAAAAUUCAACCGCUGUAUCAUCAAAUCGAAAUAAACAGAUAAAAUCUCGCUCUUCGCAAAUCGCAGAUUGCUUCACGCCGCCCAAUGCAAUGCGACAAUAUUCUGCAUCAUUUUGCUAAUCCCCAUAAAAUCCGACACCCUCUCAAUCCUAAAUUUACAAUCUCGAUUCUCCAAAUCUCCAAUCCGAAUUUCUGCUUUCCCGAUUGCUUUGCCGUCGGCGAUGGAAUCGCCGCUGUCGCCGGAGAAUCGCCCUCCCGGAGAUUCCGUCGAUGAGAUUACCGAAGAAAAUGAAGCCGACGCUCUGGUUAGCGCCUCGAGUUUCAAAGGUGCUUCUCUGAAUCAGCAACAGAGGCGGAGGCGCGGCGGCAAUAAGACGACGCCGUUUGCGGCUCCGCCGUGCCGUCAGCAGUCGUUCAGCCGUGAGAUCGGCCACGCUGCUGCCGAGACUUACCUGCUCACUCGCCUCAGCUUCAAGCUGCUCAGCUAUCUCGGGGUAGGAUAUCGGUGGAUAACAAGACUACUAGCUCUUGCUCUUUAUGCGAUGUUGCUUAUGCCAGGUUUUAUCCAAGUUGCAUUCCAUUAUUACUUUUCAAGCCAAGUGCGUCGAAGUAUUGUAUAUGGCGAUCAGCCAAGAAAUAGGCUAGAUUUGUAUUUACCUAGAAAUAGUGAUGGCUUGAAGCCUGUGGUGAUAUUUGUGACUGGAGGGGCAUGGAUUAUUGGGUACAAGGCCUGGGGUGCGCUCCUAGGACUGCAAUUGGCAGAAAGAGACAUCAUAGUGGCAUGCCUUGACUACAGAAAUUUUCCACAGGGAACUAUAAGUGACAUGGUUAGAGAUGUUUGUCAAGGAAUCUCAGUCAUUUGCAACCAUAUUGCUGAACUUGGAGGAGAUCCAAAAAAGAUUUAUUUAAUGGGGCAAUCAGCAGGUGCACAUAUAUCUUCGUGUGCUCUUUUGCAGCAGGCGGUUAAAGAAUCCAAAGGCGAGAGCAUUUAUUGGAGUCCAUCCCAGAUAAAUGCUUAUUUUGGUUUGUCAGGGGGGUACAAUUUACUCAAACUAGUUGAUCAUUUCCACAAUCGAGGCUUGUAUCGGUCCAUAUUUUUGAGUAUCAUGGAAGGGGAAAAGUCAUUGGAAAAAUUUUCUCCUGAAACAAUCAUACGAAACCCAAGCUCAAGUGGUGCAGUUAAUCUGCUACCACGUAUCGUUCUUUUUCAUGGUACCUCAGAUAAUUCCAUACCUGCCGAUGAAAGUAAAAUGUUUGUGGAUACACUCCAAAAAGUAGGAGCUCGAGCUGAUCUGAUCUUGUACGAAGGGAAAACGCAUACAGAUUUAUUCCUCCAAGAUCCUCUGCGUGGUGGUGAAGAUGAGCUAUUUGACUAUUUGGUGGGGUUCAUACAUGCUGAUGACAAGGAAGCUCUUGCUAGGGAUGCUGCGGCUCCUCCAAGAAGACGUCGUGUACCGGAAUUACUUCUGAGAUUGGCCGGCCACGUCAGCCCUUUUUAGCUCACACACCAUACUUUGCAGCUGAAGCUGAAGAUGAAAAUCUCACUUUCCUAGUUUUGAUCCGUGUUACCUUGUAAUGAUUGACGAAACAAAUACUAGUUUUUUUCCAUUUGUCUUUCUUAGAUGGGAAAUAGCAAGGAUAUAUCACUUGGGAUCCUCAGUUUCAAUUUUUCACCCCAUGUAUUCAUUUUCUUGUGUUUUAGUUCAAUUUUUGUAAUUGUUAAUUAGGAUUGAUUAUAUCUGGUUACGAGAUAUAUUUAUUUUUUAGGAUUCCAUUUCA